AUGUCCUUCAAGCUCGCCUCCGGAAAGUCCAUGCCCAAGGUCGGAUUCGGCCUGUGGAAGGUCCCCCGUGACAAGACCGCCGACACCGUCUACGGAGCCAUCAAGAACGGUUACAGACUGUUUGACGGCGCCUUCGACUACCAGAACGAGCGAGAGGCCGGCGAAGGUAUCCGACGAGCCAUCAAGGAUGGCCUGGUCAAGCGAGAGGACAUCUUCAUCACCACCAAGUUGUGGAACACCUUCCACUCAAAGGAGCACGCUCUGCAGAUCGCCAAGGAGCAGAACGAGUGGUGGGGACUCGACUACAUCGAUCUCUACCUCAUCCACUUCCCCAUCCCCAUGCAGUACAUUCCCAUCUCCGAGAAGGAGUGGGCUGGAUGGACCAACGCCACUGACUCGGGUCCUAACCCUCUGGCCAAGAUCCCUACCCGAGAGACCUGGGAGGCUCUCGAGGAGCUAGUUGAUACCGGAAUCGCCAAGUCCAUUGGUGUCUCCAACUUCACCGCCCAGAACAUUUACGACGUCCAGACCUACAACAAGCACCCCAUUUCUGCUCUGCAGAUUGAGCACCACCCCUACCUGGUGCAGCCCCAGCUGACCCAGCUCGCAAAGGACAACAACAUCCAGGUCACUGCCUACUCUUCUUUCGGCCCCGCCUCCUUUGUGGAGAUUGGCAUGGACCAGAAGGUCCCUCCUCUUUUCGAGAACGAGACCAUCACCAAGAUCGCCAAGGCUCACAACAAGACCCCCUCCCAGGUUCUGCUGCGAUGGGCUACCCAGCGAGGCAUUGCCGUCAUCCCCAAGUCCAACAACGUCGAGCGACAAACUCAGAACCUCGAAUCUCUGGACUUUGACCUGACCGAGGCCGAGAUUAAGGAGAUCUCCAACCUCAACAAGAACCUGCGAUUCAACGAUCCCGGUGUCUACGCUAACCUUCCCAUUUUCGCCUAA